CUCACCAAUUCUCCAUCAUUAAAACCUCUUUAAUUAGUACUGAUUAUAUAUUAUCUCUGCGUUUAAUUUCAAUUCCUUGAGGAGAUAUAGUAAUACUCAGUAGUAGUAGUUAAAAUGGGUCUUCUGUCGAGCAUCCUCAAGUGCGCAAUAGUGAUCUUUAUCCUUGCUCUUCUAGCUCAAAAUCUGCAGGCUUCAGUGUCUGCACAUUCAUCUACUCUGCAACCACUCGGCGAUGACAGCAUGUAUGGUAUAAGCGAAGGCAAGCUGCACCCACAAGACUGUUCGCCGAGGUGCGUGUACAGGUGCUCGAAGACGGCGUACAAGAAGCCGUGUCUCUUCUUCUGCAACAAGUGUUGUAAUAAGUGUCUGUGUGUGCCUGCGGGGACUUAUGGCAACAAGCAAAGCUGCCCCUGUUACAAUAACUGGAAGACCAAGAGAGGAGGCCCCAAAUGCCCUUAGACUCCCUUUUUUCACCCUCUUUUUACUAUUAUUAUUAUUUACCCAUCUUCUCCUCCUCCCCAUUUUUAUCCACUUAUUUAUCCCCUCCUCCCAACCAUUUAACUGCAUUGGUUUCCAGUAUUAAAUGCCUCUAUUUCUGGCUAUUAAGCAGGGGAAGAAGUGGGGUUCAGUUCUUAUGUCCUGUAUUUUUUUUCAAAUUUGACUGCAUUGGGCCUUGGCCGAUCCCUAUUAAUUGCACUUGGUAUUUCUGUCUUUAAUUUGUGGGACUCUCUUGAGAUUGAGUAAUAGGGACUAUUCCCUCUUGAUAAUUUUGUGGUGUAAAAAGAGAAUAUGAAAAGCAAGGAGAACAUUGAUAGUCCACCAUAGAUCUUCACAGACAUUAUUCACAGAGUCAAACUUUACUUACUUUGUUUGCUCAAUUUUACUAGUCAUUUCAUAAAAUAAUAUAGUCUUGUCACCUCU